CGAAUUCUCUCCUCUUAUUUUCCCUGAUCGGCAUCCGAAUUCUCUUGUUGGCACAAUGCGCGUCCUUCUUUGCAAGACUUUCAUGAGUCGCAUUAGAAUACAUGUUCUGGCUGAGAAGUCUUAAAUCUUAACGAAUAAGGAUGACCAAGUCUUGGUGUUGCACGAGUAAGAGAAGUUGGGCGGAUCAGAUUUUCUUGACUGCUUCCCUCCUAUGCAGUCAAAUAUAGCACAAGCAAUCCCAAUUCAUACCAAAGAAGCAAACUUGGCCUUGUAAUGUCGAUAAUAUAUAUAUACACACACAUAGCACGGAGCGAAUUUCAGCUCCAUUGACGCUGUUAGGCUGUUAGCAUUGCCUCCACGAUGGUGUUGUCUUCUAAUUGCUCGUCCUCUUCGCCUUCUAAACGGAUCGGACCAGACUCGGUGGACCCGGCCAAAUCAUCUAAACUCCUUGAAUCUGUUCCGCGUUCUAAUUACACGGAUGUUCUUAACGAGUUUCAUCCACCCAAGCCUGGCUGGUACGAGGAGUUAUUCGCAUUCGUUCUGAACACCGCUACUAAAUCUUAUGAAGCUGAGGUUGCGCGUUACAAAUCAGAAAUCUUCAGCAGUUUGAGGGACAAGGCGCAGAAAAUUGUGGAGAUUGGAAUUGGUACCGGACCUAAUCUCAGCUACUAUGCUAGUAAUCCCGAUGUUGAGGUUGUUGGCAUUGAUCCGAACCAAAAGAUGGAAAAGUAUGCUCGGUCCUCGGCAGAAUCUGCUGGCUUGCCACCUUCAAACUUUGAGUUUAUACAUGCUGUUGGGGAGGUUAUCCCAUUAGAUGAUGCUUCUGUGGAUGCAGUGGUUGGAACACUUGUCUUGUGUUCUGUUAAAGAUGUUUCUAUGACAAUUCAAGAAAUCAAAAGAGUUCUGCGACCAGGCGGGCUAUACGUAUUUGUGGAACAUGUUGGAGCAAAAGAGGGAAAAGUUCUCAAAUUUAUCCAGAAAAUUCUAGAUCCUCUUCAACAGACACUUGCAGAUGGGUGUCACCUCUGUAGGGACACAGAAGGCUAUAUAUCAGAAGCUGGGUUUUCAAGAGUUGAGCUCAACACGGCGUCUUUGAAAAAAGCUACAUUUGUAAACCCUCAUAUAUAUGGAGUAGCUUACAAGUAGCUUCAAGAGCUCACCAAGCAAAUUGUUGCGUCCAUUGGCUAGAUCAUCAAGUGGAUAAUAAUAAUAAUUAUGAUAUCAAAAUUUUCAACAGACCACCUUCAUGAUGUAGAGGUUAUUUUUAUUUUUUUUCCUCUUCCAAAUGUUUUCUUGAUUUGUUUGUAAUCACACGGUCUUGACCGUGGCCAUGUUAAUUCAGUAUGAUAAAGCUUCUCUCCAA